CAAAUUAAUUGCAGCAGUUGCAGUUGUUGCUGUUGGUUUUGCUUCGUCCGAUGUUUAUUAUUUAUGUAAUUUUGAACAUUAAAAUCGCCUUAAUUUUAAGAUAAAAUGUUAGAUAUAACCACUUCGUGUCGGACUUGUAUGAAAGACAAUGUAACCUUGGUGGAUUUAUAUGGAACAGUUGAAAUUGAGGAAAAUUAUCUUCAAUUAGAUGAAUUGCUUGUUCAGUGCACUUCAACAGAGGUGUCCAAGGAGGAUGGGUUACCACAACACCUCUGCGAUGCCUGUGUCAAGGUGCUCCAAGUGGCGUACACAUUCCGCAAGCAGGCUGCGAAGGCGCAGGUUGAAUUCAAAAAACUUCUACAGAGUUCCAUAAAGCCAGAACCAGAUGAAGUCAAAUCAGAAAACGAUGACUACUUCAGUAAUUAUGAAGAUUUCAAUUUUAAUCCAGAUGUUUCGAAAACUGAAUUCAGUGAAGAAUAUUCAUGUACCAAAUGUAACAAACACUUUACAAAACAGAAGAAAUACUUAAAACAUUUAGAACUACACGAAUUAUCACUAGCGUGUACCGUUUGUGAUAAGUUGUAUUCUAAUCAAAGUUUUUUGGACAGGCAUAUUGCUAAGCAUCAUAAGAGUGCAUUUCUUGUUAGUGACGAGACCUUAUUGGAGCAAAUAGUGGAACAAAGUGGAGAUGUUCAAGUUAAGACUGAGGCUGAGGAGCCGGCACAGUUGUUACAAUGUCCCGACUGCCAGUUAACAUUUACGAAGCAGAGAUCACUGUCACAGCAUAUGAAGAAACAUAGAAACAAGAAUGAGUUAAAGGAGUUUAUAUGUGAUGCGUGUGGGAAGGCAUUUGCUAUGAAACAUUUGUUGAAGAGGCACUUGGCGCUGCACAGCGACGUGAAGAUGCACAAAUGUGAGAAAUGCUCCAAAACAUACUCCCGGCGAGAUCAACUGAUGGCACACAUGUACACACAUAAAGAACAAAAGCGUUAUGUCUGUUCUUAUUGCAAUAAGGGAUUUAUUCAAAUGUGCAGUCUAAAAGACCAUCUUCGGACCCACACGGGUGAGACGCCGUACCUUUGCUCUCAGUGUGGGAAGGGCUUUGCCAACAGUUCCAACCUGAGACAGCAUAUGAUGAGGCACUCCGGCGUCAAGCCGUAUGCCUGUCACCUGUGCCCUAAGACUUUUUGUACCAAAGGACAAAUGACGUCCCACGUGGCGACCCACACCGGGGAGCACCCCUACAAAUGCGAGGAGUGUGGAGCCGCCUUCACUAAGGGAAACUCCUUGAAGAAACACUCCUUGAUACACCUUCCCGUCAGGCCGUUUCCUUGCGACACUUGUAACAUGAGAUUCACCUGCAAGGACCAUUUGAAGCGUCACCAGCGUAUCCACACGGGUGAGAAACCUUAUAAGUGCAAGUACUGUGACCGCGCCUUCUCGCAGAGCAACGAUCUGGUCAAGCAUACGAGGCAGCAUAUCGGACAGAAUACCUACCAAUGCACAAUAUGCAGCACCCGUUUCCGUCUACAAUCUGAACUGAAGCAACACUACCCAAUUCACUUCACAAACGGGAAAGACCCGAACGACCCCCAAGACCCCCAAAUUACACCCCCUACCAAAGAAACUGCAGAACCAACCGAAAACAACCCCAUUGACGACCCCCCUUUACUAAAAAUCAGACCCCCGGAGUUCAACCCAAUAAAUUACAAAGAUAAAGAUAUGCUAAAGGUAAAUGAUAAAGGUAUGCCUUUGUUAAGUCUGAAACCCGAUUCUGAUGUUGGGCCCGUUCAUAUAGAUCCUAGUAGAAUAGUUAUAACUAUUAACCAUUGUGAUACGAAUGGUGUUGUCAAUGGGAUUACUAUUAAAUUGCCCGAUGAAGAGAGUUAAGUAUUACUAGAACUUCUUUUUUUUAAAGUCGGCUAAAUUAUUUGUAUAUUAAAUUGGAUGCAUAGA